UACACUCCUGAUCUCCUUCUCUGCACUGUGCGGGGAGACUGCAGGGGGCAGACAGGAGACACACACACACAUGAAGCAAGAAAGGAAUUCCAAAAAUAUAAGAAGAGAUAGAAAGCCAGCUACUUCUACUUUUACAGGGAACAGAUGGGGAGAGAUCUGUGAGGAGUAGAAGUGCAGCUCAUGAAAGGACCUUGCACAUCACAAGAGAAAGAAGUUAUGUGUUUGCUCCAUACAAUACAGUUAUUGAUGGACUUCCAAGCACACAUGGGCACAAUUCACCCUGAAGAUGUCUGAUCUUUUCAAUGCAAAGUAAGACCGCUGACUUCUGGACUGGUGUAAUUCAACCUGCUUUAUAUAUGACUGGGACUACCUACAGUACCUGCAUGCUGCAUUAGUCCCUACCCAGAAGAAUCCCGCCACAUCCAGGACCACCAGGGUAAUGUUGCUGUAAAAUAACCAAUAAUGAAGCAGACGAUAGGCAGACGUCAUUCAUGUCUCCCUGGCUACCUUUUCAUCUUCUGGAUCCUGGCUCUUCCUGGCAGAGUGAGGGCAUGCCCUAAACCGUGUGCUUGUUAUGUUAAGACAGAAGUCCAUUGCACUUUUAGGUACCUCAAUAUCAUCCCUAAACAAAUUCAAGUUGAUGUGGAACGCAUAAAUUUAGGGUACAACAGCCUAACCAGACUAGAAGAGACUGACUUCUCUGGCUUACAGAAGCUAGAGCUACUAAUGUUACAUAGCAAUGAGAUACAUACAAUCCAUGAAAAUGCUUUUAGUGACUUAUCUUCAUUACAGGUAUUGAAAAUGAGUUAUAAUAAAGUGAAAACACUACACAGGAACACAUUCCGUGGUCUAAAGAGUCUGGUCAGAUUACAUAUGGAUCAUAACAAACUGGAAUUUCUGGCCCCAGAAUCCUUUUAUGGCCUCACUUCUUUGAAACUAGUUCACCUGGAGGGAAAUGUGCUACGGCAGCUGCACACAGACACCUUUGUUACUAUACGCUACAUCCAGAUAUUUAAAACAUCCUCUAUAAAGCAUAUUCAUCUGUCUGACAAUCAGUUAUCUACACUGCCCAAGGAAAUGUUCUUGUACUUGAAUGAAUUAGAAGGACUUUAUCUUCAUGGUAACCCGUGGUCAUGUGAUUGCAACCUGCUGUGGCUCGCAGAGUUGGGACAGCAAUAUAAAGAAUUGAUUAAAUGCAAGAGGGAUCGUUCAGGUCAGCAGUGCCCACUUUGUUCUACCCCUCAAAAGAAUAAGGGUAAAUCUUUAAAUGAACUAACACCUCAAGAUCUAAGUUGUGCAAAACCAGUCAUUGAAAACAUUUACAAACUGAAAAAUGCGACUACUCCAGAGGAGGGAAGUUUUACAGUUAUAUCAGCCAAAGAUUUUGUGGCUCCAAUGGGAUCUCUUGUUCUAAAUAUGACAGACCAAAAUGGAAAUGAGGCAAACCUGGCCUGCAAUGUUCAAAGACCAAUCAAAAUGUCCCAGAUAACAUUGGACAGAAAGGAUGAAUAUACAAUAAUGAGGACUACAUUUUCUUCCUUUUUGGUGUGCAGCAUAGACUACGAUCAUAUACAGAAACUAUGGGGGAUAUUAGCAAUGUACAGUGACUCCCCAAUGAAACUUAAAAGAGACCUCCUUCUUACAAAGUCUCCUUUCAUUAGUUAUAAAUACAAACAAGUGGGGUCUGGUGAUGACGUGUUUACAGAGAUUGAGGCAGACUUUCGAGCAGAGCCAACCUGGUUAAUGCAAGACAUAGUAACAUUACAGUUGGACAGGUCAGCAACGACCCUCAACAUGCUCCAUAUUAAGUACUUAACUGAUGUCUAUGUCACUAUUCCAAAUUCUGUUCACAAUCCUGCGAAAAACAGCUGGGUCAUGAUUAAAAAAAGCAACCAGACACGAACAGAGUAUGCUGCAAUCAUUGGAGGAACUGUGGAGAUGAACUGUCAAGUCGAUGGUGAACCGACACCAAACAUUGAAUGGGUUCUUCCCGAUGGAAGCAAGAUCAGAGCUCCAUAUUUAAGCGAAGAGGGUAGGAUAACAAUAACAAGGGAUGGAAAAUUUACUUUAAAAGCUGCUGACAGUUUUGACACAGGUGUUUAUCAUUGUAUAGCAACAAACUAUGUGGAUGCAGAUGUACUUAGUUUCAGAGUAACAGUUGUAAGUGCUGAUGUGGAAGAAGAAGCUGUCAAUGGAGGUGAACUUUCAGUUACUAAUGGGGACAUGUUGUAUCUUCCCUGUGGAUCUAACGGUGUUCCUGAUGCAUCAGUAAACUGGAUAUUACCUGACCAUUCUGUGCUACAGGAGACAUCCCGGAACAAACUUAUUUUCCCCAAUGGGACACUGAAAAUUCAAGACACAACUCAGAGAGAGAGAGGACAUUUUAUAUGUAUAGCUGCUAAUCAGUAUGGUCUUGACAUUCUGACACACAGAGUUUUUGUGAAAGAGAGGAAACUUGAGUUUACCAAUAAAAAAACACAGUUGGACCAGACUGAAAAUGAAACUAAUGAAGGGUCAGGCACUGAAGAAGUUAAAGAAAAUAACUACUUGGCCACAGGGAAAGUUGUAACACACAGAAGAUUCCCAACCAGACGCAUCAAUACCAAGCUGGACAGCCAAGGAAAUGUGAACACUGAGGUUCACAGAAGGAAUAGAAUAAACCAUCGCCUUAGAGGACAUCGGAGGCAAUUUACACAAAACACAAGAAGGAUCGAUCCGCAGCGCUGGACUGAGAUCUUAGAAAAGACCAAAAAGGGUUCAUUGAACAGUCCAACACCAACACAAGUUACAGAGAGUACAGAAAAAGAAGAAAAUAUCACAGAAUUUGUAUCUGGUGAGCCGGAUGAAGCAUCUGGUGAAGAAUUCCUUCCAGUGGCUGAAAAGUUUUUGAUAGUGACAGAAAAACACUCAACACAGUAUGGCACAACUACACCUCCAACAAAUACACAAUCAUACGCACCUUCAUCAGCAACAUCAAAACAUGCCAAUAUUCACCAAGACAAUAUACACAAAACAGCAGUAAACAGGGAAGUCACAGCCACCACAGGGGAUUCUACUAUAUCAGAAUAUUCAUACAAAAGUACUAAAAGUCCUCAAUAUAUUGAUACAUUUACACAUAAUACAGUCAGCUAUAACAACGAGCAAAUGACCACUCUAAGCAUCUUAAACACCACAUCAGUGGUAGCAGUGCCUGCACCUGAAGCUACUACAGGUAUCCCGCACAUGACAUCAAGAGAGGUUACAACCAGUCCUUUGCUCCAAUCUUUUCCUCUUACUAGUGCAGGGAAUCUCAAAGGGCAAAGACAAGACUAUACUACUGCAUUCUACUCAUUAACUGAAAUCCCCAAAAUAAUGAUUACUAGGCCACCAACUACCAGCAGUGUUCCUUAUACUACAGCACCAGAAACUUUAACUGCAUCACCAAUUGCGUCCAGUAACUUCCAUACUACUCAGCAUAAUAUAAUAAAACCAACCACUGAAGAUGAUGAACUACAAGUUACAACUCAUGAUGAUAUCAACAGUUUUAUUACUACAUCUGGCUAUUUGAAUAACCUUUUAGAUGUUGUUGCCAACCCACCACCAGAAAUCAGCUAUGUUACAACUACAUCUCCAGAUACUAUUACUGAUCCAGCUACAUUAUCGUAUUCCCUCCCAAUUCACAAUUCUAUCAGACAUGAAACAACCACAUUUCGUUUUUUGCCUACAACUUCCCAAAGUAUUCUUGGUACAUCACAAAGCAUUGAUAAGCCCUCCUAUCUAUCCAUGGGUACUACUCAAAGUACACUAAGUACUGAUAUAGAAGUAGUUACAGAACCACCCCCUAUGCACAAAUCAACUAUCACAAAUAUACAAACUAAUCCUAAACACGAUAUUUCCGAUUCCCAUACGUCACAUGCCACACCAAACACUAAAAGCAGUGCACAACAAAUCAUCACUGAAAAAGAUAAUUCUGCAUCAAGGCAGGGGUCUGAAUAUUUGACCGAUUCUCAAGAUAGGCAUUCAACUCAGCCAAGUGUUCACAGCACAAGGGUUCCAUACUACCCUGAAAGAAAAGAUGGGUUUGAGGGUAAAAAUCUUUUUAGCGUUGAUUCUUCAACAAAGUCAAGCACAAAAGUAUUUAUUUCUGAAACAGAUAUUGGGCCUAUUUAUAUCCACAGUACUCAGAAAAUAAUUUCACCAAGUCUGUCAGCUGGCUCCGCUAUUAUUUCUCAUCAACAGAUUCAGAUAGUUAAAGAUGUUACAACAUUGGUGCCAACUCUAAGGCGUUAUGGUCGCAGGAGAAUUCCUGGAAGGAGACGCAUUGUAAGACCAGGUCGUUAUCCAAACUUUAAAAGCCAUCAAUUUGGGAAGUUUGGCAAAUCUAGUUUAAGAGAGCUGUCCACAGCUACAACACCUCACACCACAGUUUCUGAUACAAGUGAACAAAAUAAAUUGCUAUACAGUCAUGAAUCUUCAAGUACAAACAUUUACACACCAACUGAACAGUCUACCAUAAGAUCUUUAGAGACUGUACAUGGCAAAGAAGCCACCACUCAACCAAAUGCAGGAUUAAAAUAUAGUGAUCCAUCAGUUAGCAUUGAGAUUAUGUCUUCACAGCCUGUUACCUAUAACAAUCCCAAAGAUGUUACUUUGGGUAUGUUGAUUCCUGGCAGUACAAACAGGGCUAUAACACAAACACAAGCUGUAACUACAGAUAUUCCAACAAGAUUAUCUAGCACAGAAGGUGAAGUCAUGCUAAAAUCCACUUCCAGGCCUAGAGUUACCUCCAAAGUAAUCAGAAGGAAAAUUCCGUGGCAUAGAUUAUUUGGUAACAGCCAGAUAAAUCAAAGGGAUAUAUUAAUGAAGAUAAGAAAAAAUAAUAAUGCAAUAUCUGUAAAUAAUACCCAUGCUCCAACAUCUGGCAUCCUACCUCCCAAAAUGUCUACAUCUACUGAAUCAACUCAGUCUACUGUGAGCAGUUCAAACAUUUCACCCAUCACCUCUUUGAUGACAACAGAGAGCAAGACAGCACUAUAUCCAAAAACUGUGAAAGCUACACAUUUUUUUAUUAAUCCUGAUGAUGAUCAUGACUUAGUAACACCCAGCACAGUUCACUCAACUUCUGUUAAUGUAGCUACAAGUGUAAUUAAUCUUGUUGUAAGUCAUACAACACCCCCAUCAGUUUUCUCAACCAGAUCCCAAACCACAGCCAUUUCUGUGCCAACCGACACCACACCAGGAACUCCAUUUUAUCUUUCUAGUCCUGGGUCAGAACUUGCUAUAGUUCAUUCAAGCACCAAAAAAACAGCUGCCACUUCUGCUUCUCAAACCAAGUCAGGUGGUGCAAAAAUAACGAUUCCAACAACCAGUUCAAGUGAUGCAUGGUCCAAGACUUAUUCUACCACUUUGUUUGCAGAUACCACUUUUAAAGAUGUGAGUUUUACUCCUCCAAAAGAUGAUCUGUCUGCAACAAUAACCCCAGUAACAUCUGCCUUUGUUGAAAGUACAACAAGACUUAGAUACCUGAGACGAAAAAGACCAAGGAAAAAGCACCCUUAUAAUAGCUUUGCACAACACAAUCAUUGGAAGUCAACAACAAAUUCAAACAAGCCUACUACUUCUCAAGAAGAAACCACCAAAUCUUAUAAAAUAACUCCACCCUCAGGCUCCUUACCUAGUACUGUUACUAUAGCACAUAAAACAGCAAUGGCAACUACAAACAAUGAUAUUCCUAUGACUCCUGUUAAAAGAUUUUUCUUGACCAGUACUUCAAAGGCUCCUAGAUUAUUCCUGCAACUUUCGCCUAUGCUAAAUGGCACUGAUGCAUUACCAACUCAACAUCUGGAACCAUCUGAUAAUAAUUUUGUUGUCACGUCUGACCAAGCGUUAAACAGCAAGAACAAUUUUAAAAAUACAAUUGUUACUACAGCAAAACCAAAGGCAACAUCAUCAAACCAUAAGGUUAGUUCAACCAGCACUGUUUAUCCACUGUCAGUGACAGCUAAAAUCAUUAGCAGCCUGACUGACCCAUCACCCAUAUUAAGUCCAUCCAUAACCCAAUCACCAUUCAUAUCUGGAAAGAAAGUGGCUACAUCUAAUGUAGAGGUCAGGCCAGAUACAAAAACAUCAGAUAGGAAAGUACACAUAAUAGCACAUAUUCCUGGCGUAUUGAAAAAAAAUGUGCUGUUUAAUCCCUCCUCCACCACAGCACAAGAAACAGAUAAGAAAGAAACAUUCAACAAAUUGGAAGAAGGUCCAUCAAGUAAUGACCGCUCUAAGCCACGCAUUAAGGGAGGCAAAGCAGCAAGCUUCACAGUCCUUGCAAACUCUGAUGCUUUUAUUCCAUGUGAAGCUGCUGGAACUCCUACUCCUACUGUUCUAUGGACUAAAGUGUCUUCAGGGACUUUUGUGUCAAAGACAAGACGUGGAAACAGGAUGGAAGUUUUUCCAAACGGAACGUUGUCUAUUUCUAAUGUGGGAAUCCAGGACCGAGGUCAAUAUCUUUGUGUGGCUACAAAUCAGUAUGGUUCAGACCGGCUACUCGUCACACUGUCUGUUAUAACAUACCCUCCCAGGAUUCUACAAGGCAAAUCAAGGGAGAUCACAGUGCACUCUGGUAGCUCUAUUAACUUGAAAUGCCAAGCAGAAGCAAGACCUUUCCCCACAAUAACUUGGAUACUGUCUAAUGAAACCAUUGCAUCUGAGAAGUCUGACCAUAAUCACAAAGUUUUUGUACAAACUGAUGGGACCCUCAUCAUUAAAGAAGUGUCUAUUUAUGAUCGUGGGAUUUACAAGUGCUUAGCUACCAACAUAGCUGGGGCAGAUACCUUUACAGUAAGGAUUCAAGUUAUUGCUGCCCCACCUGUUAUUCUGGAAGAUAAACGUCAGACAGUCCUUGCACUUUCAGGAGAGAAUGUGAAACUUCAUUGCUCUGCAAAGGGAAAUCCUCAGCCUAGUGUUCACUGGGUAGCAUUUGAUGGCACAAAAGUGAAGCCAUUGCAGUAUGUUAAUGCAAAGCUCUUCCUUUUCUCUAAUGGAACACUCUACAUAAGAAAUGCAGAACCCAGAGAUAAUGGCAAUUAUGAAUGUAUAGCAACAAGCUCUACUGGAUCUGAGAGAAGAGUGGUCAGCCUCCAUGUGGAGCAAAGUGAGACAAUUCCAAGGAUUGUCUAUGCAUCUCCAAAAUCCACAGAAAUGAACUAUGGUGACAAACUGGUGCUAAACUGCACAGCAACUGGAGAUCCAACACCAAAAAUAAUAUGGAGACUGCCAUCAAAAGCAGUGGUAGAUCAGUGGCACAGGAUGGGAAGUCGGAUUCAAGUGUACCCCGAUGGCUCACUCAUCAUCCAGUCUGUAAAUGAAAAGGAUGCCGGUGAUUAUUUGUGUGUAGCAAGAAAUAAAAUGGGAGAUGAUGUAAUUCUUAUGAAAGUCAGUAUGACGAUGAAACCUGCAAAGAUAAUACAAAAACAGCAGCUCAUGAAGGAAGUUCCAUACGGAAAAGACUUCAAAGUAGACUGCAAGGCUUUAGGUUCUCCAUCUCCAGAAAUAUCUUGGACUUUACCCGAUGGCACAGUGAUAAAUAAUGUUCUACAAGCUGAUGACAGUGGCAGGAGAGUACGGAGAUAUGUUCUCUUCGACAAUGGUACUUUGUAUCUCAACAAAGUAGGGAUGGCUGAAGAGGGAGAUUACACAUGUUAUGCUGAAAACACAUUAGGAAGAGAUGAAAUGAAAGUCCAUAUUACUGUGGUCACUGCUGCUCCACGCAUUAAAAUAAACACCAGAACAAAAUUUGAGGCAAGAGCUGGUGGUCGUGUGGUUCUGGAUUGUGAGGCUACUGGAGAACCAAAACCUAAAAUAUUUUGGUUGCUUCCAUCAAGUGACAUGAUAGCCACAUCCCAUGACAGAUAUUUAUUGCAUGAAAAUGGAUCUUUGACUAUCAACCUUGUGAAAUUGUUGGAUGCAGGCGAGUACAUGUGUGUGGCACGUAAUCCGGCAGGAGAUGACACAAAGCUCCUCAAAUUAGAUGUUCAUUCAACACCACCUGUUAUUAAUGGUUUAUAUACAAAUAAGACAAUAAUUAAAGAUUCAGCCUUAAAACACUCUAGAAAAUUAAUAAACUGCAAAGCUGAAGGGACACCACCACUUCAAAUCAUGUGGAUUAUGCCUGAUAAUAUUUAUCUUACAGCACCAUAUCAUGGCAGCAGAAUUAUAGUACAUCAGAAUGGAACACUGGAAAUUCGGAAUGUAAGGCCCUCUGAUACAGCAGAAUUCACUUGUGUUGCUCGCAAUGAUGGUGGUGAAAGUAUGUUGGUGGUCCAGCUCGAAGUUCUGGAAGUGCUUAGGAGGCCAGUGUUUAAAAAUCCAUUCAAUGAGAAGAUAAUUGCCAAACCAGGAAAAAUGGCUAUUCUUAACUGCUUUGCAGAUGGAAACCCAACUCCAGAAAUAAUGUGGCUUCUGCCAAAUGGCUCUAGAUUUGUAAGUGGACUGAUGCUUUCAAAAUAUUAUGCAGGAACCAAUGGAACUUUACUUAUUUACAGUCCAAACAAAAAUGAUGCAGGCAAGUAUCGAUGUGCAGCCCGAAAUAAAGUAGGCUACAUUGAAAAACUCAUCAUUCUUGAGGUGGGUCAAAAACCUAAUAUUCUGACACAUCCAAGAGGACCAAUAAAGGGUAUCAUUGGGGAGAUGUUGUCUUUACACUGUUUGUCUGAUGGAAUACCAAAGCCUAGUGUUAUCUGGACGCUUCCAAGUGGAUAUGUGAUAGACAGACCUCAGUUUAGUGGGAAAUAUAUGCUACUAGAAAAUGGCACGCUGGUCAUUCAAGAAGCAACUAUACAUGAUCGUGGAAACUAUUUGUGUAAGGUAACAAAUAAUGCUGGUGAAUCAUCCAUAAGUGUUCCUGUUAUGAUUGUAGCAUAUCCUCCAAGGAUUACAAAUAAAGCCCCACAAAACAUUCAUACAAGAGCCGGUUCACCUAUACAUCUAAACUGUAUGGCCAUUGGAAUACCAAAGCCAGAGAUAACUUGGGAGCUACCAGACUCAUCGGUGUUAACAACAGCUGGUAAAGGACGGUCUACCGGGACUGAGCUUCUCCACCCCCAAGGAACAUUAGUUGUACAAAAUCCUAGACCUUCGGACUCUGGGGUGUACAAAUGUAUUGUUAGAAAUGCCCUUGGCAUGGACAGCAGCUCAACAUAUUUAAAAGUUAUCUAAAGCUACAUAGAAGUAAAUUCUACAGAACAUGAAUGCAUUUGAAGGGAAGUCAAAAAAGGAGGGAGGUAGAGACAACUGACUCUAAUGUUUGGCUUACAAAUGUAGGAUCUUAUCAAUGCCUACAUGAAAUAAAUGACUUACUUAAGGCACUUUUCUAAAAACCUCCUUUAUAAGGAAACUGUGAAAAUAAAGAAUGAAAUAUUAUAUAUAAAACAUUUUUAUUCAAAAACUA